CUCCUGACGUCACCACGUUUUGACGUCGUUGGACUGUGGACUGUGUCGAGCUGACCGGUGGACAAGUUAGCAAACCAGAGCGACACACAUUCAGCUGAAUCCUGCACUUGGCCCCGAUCAUUAGGUUAAAUGUGAUGCUAGAAAGCUUUAAACUGCCACCUGGAGGGCUUGAACCUGACAGGAGAACCUGCUGACAGGUAGCUGUGUGUCGACAGGUCAGACAUGGCACUCACUCAGCUCUCCUCCAACAAGUGUGCUGGUGGCUUCCAGAAGGUGUUCGAACAUGAGAGCACUGAGCUGAAGUGUAAGAUGAAGUUUGCCGUCUAUCUGCCUCCGAAGGCUGAGACAGACAAAUGUCCCGUCCUGUACUGGCUGUCAGGUCUGACCUGCACUGAGCAGAACUUCAUCACAAAAGCUGGCAGUCAGCUUCCUGCUGCAGAGCACGGCAUCAUCAUCGUCGCUCCGGACACCAGCCCACGUGGCUGUAACAUCGAGGGCGAGGAUGAGAGCUGGGACUUCGGGACCGGAGCAGGGUUCUACGUGGACUCUACAGAGGAGCCGUGGAAGACGAACUACCGCAUGUACUCGUACGUCAGCGAGGAGCUCCCCAAACUGAUCAACGCUAACUUCCCCACCGACCCAGACAGGAUGUCCAUCAGCGGUCACUCCAUGGGCGGACACGGCGCGCUCAUCUGUGCCCUGAAGAACCCUGGGAAAUAUAAGGCUGUCUCAGCGUUUGCUCCCAUCUGUAACCCGGUGCAGUGUCCCUGGGGACAGAAGGCCUUCUCAGGGUAUCUGGGCUCUGAUAGGUCCAGCUGGGAGGCGUACGAUGCGACGGUGCUGGCGGGUUCGUACUCCGGUCCUCAGCUCGACAUCCUGAUCGAUCAGGGCCGUGACGAUCAGUUCCUGUCGGCCAGUCAGCUGCUGCCUGACAACCUGAUCGCCGUCUGCUCCGAGAAGAAGAUCCCCGUCGUCUUCAGACUGCAGCCGGGCUACGACCACAGCUACUUUUUCAUCUACUCCUUCAUGAGCGAUCACAUCAAACAUCAUGCCAAGUUCCUCAACGCCUGAACCCAGCAGAGAACAGUCGGUCCACGUUGACUCUGCUGCCAUCAGUAUGUAAUGAGAUGAGGAGUCAGAGAUGUUUCAGCCGCUGUGCCUUCAGUCUGAGCCCUCAGUGAACACACAGCUGUACCUUUCACAAUAAAGCACUUGAUUAUUCA